AUGAGAGCGCUGCGCACACCUGUUUUGAUGGGACUCUUGCUGCUGGUUCUCACCGCCAGAUACUGCGAGCAGAGCGCCAUACCCAGAGGCGGCAGGGACGGAAGAAAGCUUCUGGACAUCUUAAUGGACAAAGUGAGAGUAACAAGGGAGCAUCACACGGAGGAUAGCGAAGGAAGCCAACAACAUCCUCCUAGAAAAGACUAUUCCGUUGAAACGAAAGAAGUAAAUGAAGUGAAUAAGUCAUAUCAUAGAGACCAAGUUCUUGAAGUUUUCCCUCGAGAUUUGAAGGAUGUCAGAAGUCAGAGUCAAAAGGAUAAGGAUAAGUUUUUAAAUCAUUUAACAGGGCCUCUCUAUUUCAGCCCAAAGUGCAGUAAACAUUUUUAUAGACUCUACCAUAACACCAGGGACUGCACAAUACCUGCAUAUUAUAAAAGAUGUGCCAGGUUACUGAUACGGUUAGCAGGGAGCCAACGAUGCAUGGAGGGAUAG